AUGCGAGGAUCUCUAUCUCCUCCACCAGAACAUAAAGUGCUUUUGGAACAAAGAGAAGAACUUAGAAAGCUGUUCAAGGCUUCAGAGGAGAGGGCGGCUUUGGAAAUUGAAUACCUGCUUCGCGACAUGUCUCCUGUUCACAUAGGCCUCAAAAAGCGGUCGGAAAGCGAAGCCCCAAAUCAAAUGAACCAAUCUUCUCACCUUCCGCCCCGGUCCGCACAAUCACUGAACCCGACGCCGGCGUCGGGUCGCGGCGUUCGACCGCAAACGCUACGAAGUAAUCGGUCGACGUCCCUCGAAUCUCAAUCCUUCCCUUCAAUGUGUAUCCAUUGCUACAAGAUCAACACUACAACAAAGGGCUUGCCUUUACUGACAAAGAGAGGGAUGCCCCCUUUCUCCAUCGUCUUCUUCCCCCAGGUUAAGAAAAUGAUGCAUACUAUGCAUCAGUACCAAGUACCAUUGCAAAGGUACAUGGCUAUGAUGGAUCUUCAGGUGGACCUCGACCUUGGAAACUAUGAGCGGUUUCAAAAGAAAAGAAUCCUUUUGAUAAGCAAGAUCCUCAAGCAAUUUUCGAAAAUCCAUUCUGGAGGGGAAAUAAUACAUUGUCAUGUAUGA